UUUGGACACAUACAUAUUUUAUAAUUUUAUAUAUAAUAAUAGAUAUUUGGUGUGUGUGUGUGUGUGUGUCUCUGUCUGUGUGUGUGAAUGAGUUGGAGUAGUGGUAAGGAGAGAAAAGAGAAGAGAAGAAGAGAGAGAGCCAAUUACUGACUCACUUAACAAAGAGAGGGAGAUGAAAAGGGAGCACGAGCAUCUCUGUUCAAACGCAUCGACGGCAACAUCGAGCUGCGGCGUUUGGGAGGAGGAAGAGGUGAUGGACGAGCUUCUGGCGAUGGUGGGCUACAAGGUGAGGUCAUCUGACAUGGCGGAAGUGGCGCAGAAGAUUGAACAGCUCGAAGAAGCCAUAGGAAGCGUCCAAGAUGGCAUCACGCACCUUUCAUCGGAAACCGUUCACUACAACCCUUCCGAUAUCUCAAACUGGGUCGAAACCAUGCUCUGCACUAUCGAUCCCUUACCUCCUUCCUCUGUCUUAAUCGACCAACCAAACAGGCCCUUCGAAGAUUCCUCCUCUUCCGAUUACGAUCUAAAGGUUAUUCCAGGGAAAGCAAUCUACGCUUCCAGCAGCACAGCCAGCACCGACUCUCCCGCGCCAAACCCUAAGCGUCUCAAAACAACUGAGUCAACUCGCGCGGUGGUGGUCGUUGACUCGCAGGAGAACGGGAUCCGGCUUGUGCACAGCAUCACGGCGUGCGCGGAGGCCGUCGAGAAAAACAACCUCGCCGUGGCGGAGGCGCUGGUGAAGCAGAUCGGCUUCCUCGCCGUGUCGCAGGUCGGAGCGAUGCGCAAGGUCGCCACCUACUUCGCAGAAGCGCUGGCGCGGCGAAUCUAUCGUGUUUACCCGGAGAAUCCGCUUCAGCAUUCUUUCGCCGAUAACCUUCAGAUUCACUUCUACGAGACUUGUCCUUACCUGAAGUUUGCGCACUUCACCGCGAACCAGGCCAUUCUCGAAGCGUUCCAAGGGAAGAACCGCGUCCACGUCAUCGAUUUUGGAAUCAACCAAGGGAUGCAAUGGCCGGCGUUGAUGCAGGCUCUCGCUGUUCGUCCCGGCGGUCCUCCCGCUUUCCGGCUAACCGGAAUCGGACCGCCCGCCGCCGAUAACUCCGACCACCUCCAAGAAGUUGGACGGAAGCUCGCUCAGUUGGCGGAAGCCAUUCACGUGCAGUUCGAAUACCGAAGCUUCGUCGCCAACAGCCUCGCCGAUCUCGACGCUUCCAUGCUCGAAGUCAGACCUAGCGACGCCGAGUCGGUCGCCGUUAACUCCGUUUUCGAGUUUCACAAACUUCUCGCUCGCCCAGGCGCCGUGGAGAAGGUUCUGUCGAUGGUCCGGCAGAUUCGGCCGGAGAUUCUCACUGUGGCGGAGCAGGAGGCGAACCACAACGGACCGGGUUUUCUGGAUCGGUUCACUGAGUCGCUGCACUAUUACUCGACUCUGUUCGACUCGCUAGAAGGGUCGUCGGUGAGCACGCAGGACAAGGUGAUGUCGGAGAUGUACUUAGGGAAGCAAAUCUGUAACGUGGUGGCGUGCGAGGGAUUGGAGCGCGUGGAGCGUCACGAGACGCUGAACCAGUGGCGGACCCGGUUCAGUUCGGCCGGGUUUUCUCCGGUUCAUUUAGGGUCUAACGCGUUUAAGCAAGCGAGCACGUUGUUGGCGCUGUUUGCGGGUGGGGAAGGGUAUAGGGUGGAAGAGAACAAUGGCUGUCUCAUGCUGGGUUGGCACACUAGGCCUUUGAUUGCCACAUCUGCGUGGCAACUCGCCAGCAAAUCGGUGGUUGCGCACUGAGUCAACUCGCCGAUUCGCGCACCUGCUCCUUUUUUUUUUAAUUUUAAAUUAAUUUCAAUUCAUGCCCGCCGAAAAAUGGAAAAGAAAAAAGAAAGGAAACUUGUGGGGAUGAGAGGGCAGUGUGUAAAUGCGCUAUGCUGAGCUGUGAGCACUGAUUGCAUGAGACCGAGACCCACCAUUGUCCAUUUUCCUGUCCCAACUUAUGUCUCUCUCCAACCCUUAGCUUUCUCUUUCUCUGUUAAUUUACCUAUUUUGGCUUAGGAUUUUCUCUUUUCUUUUUUGUAAACCUUGUUUUUUUUUUUUUGGCUUUCUUUUGGGUUGGGUUGGAAUCUGUUGUAAUUUUUCUGGGUUGGAAUCAAAAAGCUUAAUGUGUAUUUAUUUAUGUUUUGAUAUAAGUAGCUUGCCGGUAAUAAAUUAGAAUCUUUUAUGGUUUAAUAGAAAAAAAGAAUGUGGUAUAUGCUUGGACCGGUGAUUUUGAUGAAUGGGAUUGGUAUGAGCCAUCGUUGUCAAAUUAAGAAUGAUGGUAGCCCUCUGUCUGGGCCAUGGAGCCAGCUUUGAUAUAGAAUUGGUAUGACAGACAAGUGACCAGGAAUGGAGAAUCCGCGGCUAUCUGCAUUGCAUUAGCACGGAUAAAGAAGCUUGCCUUGUGUGGAAUACAUUCAAGAGUUGAGUGAUACACAGCAUCAAAGUGGAUGGAACUGUAACUGCAACGCUUGUGUGUGCAUAACAAAAUUACUGCAAUAUCAGCCGAAUCCUCUUUUGUGUCAGACCAAGCAGAGUCAUCAGAAAGUGAAUACUAAUAAUAAAAUAAAAU